AUGUCAAAGAAUUAUUCGAUAUAUAUUGCAUUAUGGUUUUUAAUUCGAUUAGUAAUUGAAGUAAAUUGUCAAGUGGAGCCUUUCAAGCCAUUAAAACGAUAUGCUCAUACUGCUACACUUAUUGAUAAUAAACUUUACAUCUUAGGUGGUCGAGUUACUUCAACUACUAAUAAUGAAAAUAUUGGAAAACAAUUUUUUUAUCUUGACGUUUCUGUACCAUUUAAUACUAAAUAUUUAACAUGGAAUGAUCUAACAGAAAUUAAUAUUAUUCCGGCACAUCGUGCCGCUUCAUCUGCAAGAGGUGGUGUAUAUAAUGAUACUUUAUUUUUAUAUGGAGCAGGAAACGAUAAAGGGAACCUUGAAUUAGUUUAUACAUUUGAUACAAAAAGCAAUUCAUGGAGUAUUCCAAAACUAACUGGAAAUGAAGAUACUUUCAAUAUGAAAUUUAAUCUAAGGGGUAUCGCUGAUGAUAAUGGGAAUAUGUAUUUGUUCGGUGGAAAUAAAGUAGAUAGAAAAACUUACUACAACGAUAUGCUUAUUUUAGAUACAAUUAAUUUGAAUUUGAAAGUAGGAAGUUCAGUUGAUGCUCCUAAUAUAAGAAAUCUUUAUGGUGCAACUUUCAUUCAAAGUAAUUUCAUUAUUUAUUUUGGUGGCUCUAUGAAUGAUGAUCAUUUUGCUUAUCCAUUAAAAGAGAUAACUUCAGGUACAAUUCCUUCCGAUAGAGCUUCUUUUUCUACUGUUCUUAGCUUGGAUGGACAACGAGUAAUAAUUUUUGGAGGAGAAGUACAUGAUAAUAUUAUAGAACUUCAGUAUGCAUUUUAUGUGUUAAAUUUGACAAAUUUUGAAUGGUCCAUUCCGAAAUUGUCUGGAAACAAACCUGCAGAAUCAAGAGCUUGGCAUGAAGCAGAUGUAAUUGGAAAAUACAUGGUUAUAUCAUUUGGUGUAGGCAAUAAUGAGGAUAAAGAUAGUGAUGAUAUCUUAUUGCUUGAUAUUAGUAAUAAUGAAGAAUAUAUAUGGACAAAUACUUUUGAACUUUCAACAAAGCAAUCAACACAACUAUCAAUACCAGCUAUAAUUA